AUGAACGACAUCAAGUUGGCCUUGCUGGGAAGUCCAGGAGCAGGAAAGUCAGCUGUCCUCGUGCGCUUCCUGACCAGACGCUUCAUCGGAGAGUAUGCUUCAGACACCAAUUCUCUGUAUCGAAAGAGGCUGUCCAUCGAUGGCAGGCAACUGAAUUUGGAGGUGUUUGAUCCGUGCUCACAGAUCUCAGAGGCCAGGUGUAUAUUGGAGGAACCAGUGGAGUGGGCAGACGGCUUUGUAGUAGUCUACAACAUCAGCGACCGCUCUUCCUUCCUCGACGCCAAGAGCAUCCUGAGGCAGAUACAUGAAGCCCGUCGCAGCCACUGUAAAGAUCAACUGGGUGUCCCUGUGUGUUUGCUAGGCAACAAGCAGGAUCUCUGCCAUGCCCGGCAGGUGCGUGAAGAAGAAGGGCGCUGCUUAGCGCAGGAGAACCGCUGUCACUUUCAGGAAGUGUCAGCGGCUGAGAGCUACCAGGACAUUGCUGGUUUGUUCACACAGCUCAUCAGACAAGUGAUGGAGCACCUGAAGUAUCGAGCUGACCGCCGCCGCUACAGCGGCUCCAAGUCCAUGGCCAAGCUCAUCAACAACGUGUUUGGCAAGCGGAGAAAGUCGGUGUGA